CUACGGCGGGUAACUUGAAAAAUGGCGUCGAAGAGGUCUCUGUACAGACCUGCACCACAACAAAAUGUUGUACCGAAGAGAAACAGGAAACCUCUUACACAGGGUCGCCUGGUCUCCUCCGGGGCUGAGGGUCACAAGAAGACUGUAUUAGCCGGUGGCAUUGAAGAAAAUGUACCAGCUAGUAGGAAUGGGUCUCAGAGGGCACAAGAGUCCACAAGACAACAGAUCUUUGACACAUCAGUGACUCCUGUGGGACAGGAGCCGGAGAGUGUGACAGUCACACCUCGCAGAAUGGCUCCCAGGAUCACUGAACACCGAUCUCCAGCACCUUCAAACCCCGCCAUGAACCUUGACCUCUCAGAUAGUGACUUUGACCUUUCCUUGCAAUACAAGUCACCCACCCAGAGGAUACACAGACAGAGGCCUCAGGAAGUCCUACUUAUAGACGCUUCACGCCAGACCAAGGAUCCUUUUGAAUCAGAGGUGGACAUUCAGAUUGGAUUUGAAAAGUCUCCAGUGAAAAUUGUUUGUCACUCACCCUCAGCUAUUGAGUCCAGUUUUAGAGCCUCAGCAGAAAGAAAUAGAGAUAGCCGUGAUAAAAAUGUGUCCAUAUGUAGUUCUAUAUCUCUGUCGGAGCCUGUAAGAGACAAACGUCACAAAGCCCCUGUUGUGAUACGAGAGAAAGCAAACUCAGAUGGUCUUGGACGACACCUCCAGGCGUCAAUUGACAGUUUACCAUUGCUGACCCAGAUAGAGAAGGAUCUGGAGAAUAGACAGAAUUUCCCCCAGCCCAACUUUGACGACUCAUCUGUCUCCUCCAUCGCUGGCCAGCCAGUCCAAGAUGUAACAGGUGAAACUGACCGGGACGACGUCCAGUCUAUGGUCAGCGAUGUCAGUGAUGUAUGCUCAUUGGAUGAGUAUGUCAUCAGAGGGAAAAAAAAUGCAAAACUGAACACAAUAAAGAAGGCGCCUACUAAAGCACCACCAUCUACAAAGAAAAAUAAGAGAAUAGUUCCCUCUAGAUAUAAACAGGCAGCUGCAUCACAUUCUUUAAUUGCAGACAAGUCUGUUAGACAAGACAAGUCUGGUAAGGGCAGUAAGAGUAUGGAUGUCUCCACACGUCCCGUCAGUCGACACACCAAGACCAAGAAGUCUACUGCCCCAGUGAUUGUAAAGGAGAGAGAGCGCCCCCAUACCCCUGAUAACUCCCACAUGUCUACAGGGGCAAAAACCUCAACGCCAACAAUGGACAGCUCCUUCUUCCCAUCAGAGAUUGAUGCCUCAGCUAUACAAGCAGAUGGAUCCAUCCUGUCUACAGGACACAGGUCACAUUUGAUAAGAACGCCAGGAAAAGAUGGAGGAAGGAAAGAUGUACGUGCUGACCUACGAGACAUCCAUGACCCAUUCUCUCAGUCCAUCCUGUCCAAUGCCUCGGUCAUGUCCGACAUGAUGGACGUCUCCAACAGAAAACAAAUGACCAAACCUCAGCAAUCUAAACUGACCCAGGGUCAGAUGGACCUACUGUACAUGCGGUAUACCCAGUGGCUGUACCUCUACACUAAGGCCAAAAAGUCGCGUGAAGAACAAGAGAAACGCGAAAUGGCCCAACUUAGCAGUCUACAUGAAGAAGUUGAAAAACUACGUAAGAAAAAGCAUGACUUGGAUAUCCGACUAGAGCGUCAGAAACACCUGAACUUGGUAGAUGAUCAAGUUGAUCAACAGCGCCAGUUACUGGGACCAAUUGUUGCCAAUCUACCAAAGCUGUGUAGGGAGUAUGAGAGUUUAGCGCAUGCUUUGGAUACCACACGUCACCAGAUCCCCACCCAGGGGGUUUAUCUCCCCGAUGAUGAGGACGAACUCCAAAGAAAAUUAGAAAAAGAAUUGUCGACAAGUGAACAACUUCUAGGGGAGUUAUCAGUGAUGAUUAGACAGCCGGUCACCACGGUGACAUCUAUGUCCAAGGCUUUGGCUGCCAUGGAGAAAGGUGUAGACGCUCAAACACACGAACUUAAACAUUGUACAGAAAUUAUAUCAGCAACACAGAGCCUGACAAUACAAGAAACAUCACUUAAGAUACAAGAAAUGCAAGCCUAAUUAGAUUAGAGUGGAGUUAUCUUUUCCUGUUCAGUCUGAAAAGAGUUGUUUUUCCUUCAAACUUUCAAGAACUGUCUCACAAGAUGUAAAGGUGAAUGCAAUGCUCUCUCAAAUUCUUUGAAAGAUUACAACCAUUAAUGAGCACGAUUAAAUAGUUUUAUGGCUUUUUUUCAUCCAGGACUUAGUUUUACUACAUUUCUGUUAAUUAAAGAAAGUCCAAAAUAUAAAUUGAUGAAUUAAAAAUAACAGUGAAAUUAGCUUAUUAUAUGUAAUUUUGUUAUACUCUGGACAAGCAGGUAGUAUUUUAGACAAAACAGAAGCUAUAAUAUACGGUAAAACAGAAGCUAUACUGUACGGUAAAACAGAAGCUAUACUGUACGGUAAAACAGAAGCUGUAAUGUACGGUAAAACAGAAGCUGUAAUGUACGGUAAAACAGAAGCUAUAAUAUACGGUAAAAAAGAAGCUAUAAUGUACGGUAAAAUAGAAGCUGUAAUAUACGGUAAAACAGAAGCUAUAAUGUACAGUAAAAUAGAAGCUGUAAUGUACGGUAAAACAGAAGCUAUAAUGUACGGUAAAGUAGAAGCUGUAAUGUACGGUAAAACAGAAGCUAUAAUGUACGGUAAAGUAGAAGCUGUAAUGUACGGUAAAACAGAAGCUAUAAUAUAAGGUAAAACAGAAGCUAUAAUGUACGGUAAAAUCGAAGCUGUAAUGUACGGUAAAACAGAAGCUAUAAUGUACGGUAAAACAGAAGCGGUAAUGUACGGUAAAACAGAAGCUAUAAUAUACGGUAAAACAGAAGCUAUAAUGUACGGUAAAAUAGAAGCUAUAAUGUACGGUAAAACAGAAGCGGUAAUGUACGGUAAAACAGAAGCUAUAAUAUACGGUAAAACAGAAGCUAUAAUGUACGGUAAAAUAGAAGCUGUAAUGUACGGUAAAACAGAAGCUAUAAUAUACGGUAAAACAGAAGCUAUAAUGUACGGUAAAACAGAAGCUAUAAUGUACGGUAAAACAGAAGCUAUAAUGUACGGUAAAAUAGAAGCUAUGAUGUACGGU